CUUGCUGUUACUGGCUGCAGUGACCCCGAGGGAGAGCGCAGAGCAGCUAGCGCCCCAGAGCGCAGAGCAGCUAGCGCCCCAGAGCGCAGAGCAGCUAGCGUCCCAGAGCGGAGAGCAGCUAGCAUCCCAGAGCGGAGAGCAGCUAGCAUCCCAGAGCGGAGAGCAGCUAGCAUCCCAGAGCGGAGAGCAGCUAGCAUCCCAGAGCGGAGAGCAGCUAGCAUCCCAGAGCGGAGAGCAGCUAGCAUCCCACAGCGGAGAGCAGCUAGCAUCCCAGAGCGGAGAGCAGCUAGCAUCCCAGAGCGGAGAGCAGCUAGCAUCCCAGAGCGGAGAGCAGCUAGCAUCCCAGAGCGGAGAGCAGCUAGCAUCCCAGAGCGCAGAGCAGCUAGCGUCCCAGAGCGGAGAGCAGCUAGCAUCCCAGAGCGGAAAGCACCUAGCGUCCCAGAGCGGAGAGCAGCUAGCAUCCCAGAGCGGAAAGCACCUAGCGUCCCAGAGCGGAGAGCAGCUAGUAUUGCAGAGCAGCUAGCAUCCCAGAGCGGAGAGCAGCUAGCAUCCCAGAGCGGAGAGCAGCUAGCGUCCCAGAGCGGAGAGCAGCUAGCAUCCCAGAGCAGAGAGCAGCUAGCAUCCCAGAGCGGAGAGCAGCUAGCAUCCCAGAGCAGAGAGCAGCUAGCAUCCCAGAGCGGAGAGCAGCUAGCCUCCCAGAGCGGAGAGCAGCUAGCAUCCCAGAGCGGAGAGCAGCUAGCGUCCCAGAGCGGAGAGCAGCUAGCGUCCCAGAGCGGAGAGCAGCUAGCGUCCCAGAGCGGAGAGCAGCUAGCGUCCCAGAGCGGAGAGCAGCUAGCGUCCCAGAGCGGAGAGCAGCUAGCGUCCCAGAGCAGAGAGCAGCUAGCAUCCCAGAGCGGAAAGCACCUAGCGUCCCAGAGCGGAGAGCAGCUAGCAUCUCAGAGCGCAGAGCAGCUAGCGUCCCAGAGCGGAGAGCAGCUAGCAUCCCAGAGCGGAAAGCACCUAGCGUCCCAGAGCGGAGAGCAGCUAGCAUCCCAGAGCGCAGAGCAGCUAGCGUCCCAGAGCGGAGAGCAGCUAGCAUCCCAGAGCGGAAAGCACCUAGCGUCCCAGAGCGGAGAGCAGCUAGCAUCUCAGAGCGGAGAGCAGCUAGCGUCCCAGAGCGGAGAGCAGCUAGCGUCCCAGAGCGGAGAGCAGCUAGCAUCCCAGAGCGGAGAGCAGCUAGCAUCCCAGAGCGGAGAGCAGCUAGCAUCUCAGAGCGCAGAGCAGCUAGCGUCCCAGAGCGGAGAGCAGCUAGCGUCCCAGAGCGGAGAGCAGCUAGCAUCUCAGAGCGCAGAGCAGCUAGCAUCCCAGAGCGGAGAGCAGCUAGCGUCCCAGAGCGGAGAGCAGCUAGCAUCCCCAGAGCGGAGAGCAGCUAGCAUCCCAGAGCGGAGAGCGCUAGCGUCCCAGAGCGGAGAGCAGCUAGCGUCCCAGAGCGGAGAGCAGCUAGCGUCCCAGAGCGGAGAGCAGCUAGCAUCUCAGAGCGCAGAGCAGCUAGCGUCCCAGAGCGGAGAGCAGCUAGCAUCCCAGAGCGGAGAGCAGCUAGCAUCCCAGAGCGGAGAGCAGCUAGCAUCCCAGAGCGGAGAGCAGCUAGCAUCCCAGAGCGGAGAGCAGCUAGCAUCCCAGAGCGGAGAGCAGCUAGCGUCCCAGAGCGGAGAGCAGCUAGCGUCCCAGAGCGGAGAGCAGCUAGCAUCUCAGAGCGCAGAGCAGCUAGCGUCCCAGAGCGGAGAGCAGCUAGCAUCCCAGAGCGGAGAGCAGCUAGCAUCCCAGAGCGGAGAGCAGCUAGCAUCCCAGAGCGGAGAGCAGCUAGCAUCCCAGAGCGGAGAGCAGCUAGCAUCCCAGAGCGGAGAGCAGCUAGCAUCCCAGAGCGGAGAGCAGCUAGCGUCCCAGAGCGGAGAGCAGCUAGCAUCCCAGAGCGGAGAGCAGCUAGCGUCCCAGAGCGGAGAGCAGCUAGCAUCCCAGAGCGGAGAGCAGCUAGCAUCCCAGAGCGGAGAGCAGCUAGCAUCCCAGAGCGGAGAGCAGCUAGCAUCUCAGAGCGCAGAGCAGCUAGUGUCCCAGAGCGGAGAGCAGCUAGCGUCCCAGAGCGGAGAGCAGCUAGCGUCCCAGAGCGGAGAGCAGCUAGCAUCUCACAGCGCAGAGCAGCUAGCGUCCCAGAGCGGAGAGCAGCUAGCAUCCCAGAGCGGAGAGCAGCUAGCAUCCCAGAGCGGAGAGCAGCUAGCAUCCCAGAGCGGAGAGCAGCUAGCAUCCCAGAGCGGAGAGCAGCUAGCGUCCCAGAGCGGAGAGCAGCUAGCGUCCCAGAGCGGAGAGCAGCUAGCAUCCCAGAGCGGAGAGCAGCUAGCGUCCCAGAGCGGAGAGCAGCUAGCAUCCCAGAGCGGAGAGCAGCUAGCAUCCCAGAGCGGAGAGCAGCUAGCAUCCCAGAGCGGAGAGCAGCUAGCAUCCCAGAGCAGAGAGCAGCUAGCAUCCCAGAGCGGAGAGCAGCUAGCGUCCCAGAGCGGAGAGCAGCUAGCGUCCCAGAGCGGAGAGCAGCUAGCGUCCCAGAGCGGAGAGCAGCUAGCAUCCCAGAGCGGAGAGCAGCUAGCAUCCCAGAGCGGAGAGCAGCUAGCGUCCCAGAGCGGAGAGCAGCUAGCGUCCCAGAGCGGAGAGCAGCUAGCAUCCCAGAGCGGAGAGCAGCUAGCAUCCCAGAGCGGAGAGCAGCUAGCAUCCCAGAGCGGAGAGCAGCUAGCAUCCCAGAGCGGAGAGCAGCUAGCAUCCCAGAGCGGAGAGCAGCUAGCGUCCCAGAGCGGAGAGCAGCUAGCGUCCCAGAGCGGAGAGCAGCUAGCAUCCCAGAGCGGAGAGCAGCUAGCAUCCCAGAGCGGAGAGCAGCUAGCAUCCCAGAGCGGAGAGCAGCUAGCAUCCCAGAGCGGAGAGCAGCUAGCGUCCCAGAGCGGAGAGCAGCUAGCAUCCCAGAGCGGAGAGCAGCUAGCAUCCCAGAGCGGAGAGCAGCUAGCAUCCCAGAGCGGAGAGCAGCUAGCAUCCCAGAGCGGAGAGCAGCUAGCGUCCCAGAGCGGAGAGCAGCUAGCAUCCCAGAGCGGAGAGCAGCUAGCAUCCCAGAGCGGAGAGCAGCUAGCAUCCCAGAGCGGAGAGCAGCUAGCGUCGCAGAGCGGAUAG